AUGGCUUCUGCACCCGACCCUGGUGACCGUUCCAGAAUUGUGGAAGACAUUCUCGAGAAUUGGCGGGAAGACGACAUUGCCUUCAUCCCUACAAAGGCAAGUGAAGUGGUGAAUGAAAAGCUUAAAAGUCAAAAUUUUAUCACAGUGGUUGGAAAUUCUGGUUCCGGCAAAUCUGCAUUAAUUCAACAUGUUGCACUCUAUCUUAAAGACCAUGAGUGGAAUGUCAUACCAGUGAAUACGGUAAAAGAAAUUAAAAAGAUAUGUUCACCUGGAGUCUCAGAAAAUCGGACAUUAUUUGUAUUCAAUGAUCCUUUUGGUAAGGAAUCGUUUGAUGAAAUUGCAUAUCAUUCAUGGAAAACUUUUCAGAAAACGCUUGAGAUUUGCUUGAAUAAUUGUAAACUAUUGAUAUCAUGUAGAAGAUGCGUUUUUUAUGACAAGAGAAUCAUGGGUACCCUUUUGGACGAAUCCACUGCAGUAGAAAUUGACAACAAAGAAAAUGGACUGACGAUUGAAGAGAAAAGAGCGAUUUACUAUCAGUAUUCAAAAAAUCGGGAAAUAUCAGAAAACAUUGUAACGGAAAUAAUCAAAACAGAAGCUUACUUUCCAUUGCUUUGUAAGCUUUAUUCAAGGGAGACAAAUUUCAAAGAAAAAGGGGUAGAUUUCUUCAAAAAUCCAUACAGAUUUAUUAAACAGGAAAUAGAAAUUUGGAAGAAAACAGACAAGAAAAAAUUCUGCUCUCUUUUCUUGAUUUUCUCUUUUAAAAACAAUCUGAAAAUCGAUGAUAUUGAAAGAAAUGAAAUUUCAAUGAUGAAAUAUAAAGACAUUUUAGCAACGUGUGAGUUACAAGAAAACACAGAUAUUUCAGUUAUUCGUAGUACUCUACGUGAACUUACAGGAUCUUUUGUCAAACGUGUUGGAAAUGCUUUCCAAUUUCUUCACGACUUUAUAAUGGAGAUAGCGAUUCUGGUGUUUGGUGUUGAUUGUCCAAGAAAAUUAAUUCAGUACGCAGACAGUGGUUUUCUGAGACGUCGGAUGAGAAUGGAGGGCAAUAAAGAGGAGAAAGAUCGAGAUCCGUUAACUGUUUACUUGCCUGAAGAAUACAUUGGUGAUCUUGUGAAAAGGUUUAUUACUGACAUACAAACAGAACACUUUGUAGAUGUUCUUCUCAAUCCAUGCUUACGAAAUAAACGCGUGAUAAAAUCUUUUAAGGAAAAAGUGGAUUCAUUCGGGAAGCUUCUUGUCAAAAUUAAAUGUGAAUUGGACAGGUCGGAAUUUUCAAAAUCAUUUGAGGGCAGUGGUUCUUCAUUUUCAAGGCUUGAUUUCCUUGAAGCAGAAGAUAAAAUAUGUCCUUUGGUCGGGCUCAUCGUAUUUUGUCAUACAGAUAUUUCUUCAUAUUUCUUAAAUAGUAUCCCUGAAACAAAGUUGAAAGGAUUUCCUAUAUUCUCUGCUAUAUGUGCGAAUGGUGAUUUAAAACUGUUAAAUAUUCUUAGCGAGGAAUAUAAAAAAUCAGCAAUGAUGGAAAUCUGGGGCAAAUUUUCACCAGUUCACACUGCCUCUGCAUUUCAUAAUUUUUUAAUAAUUGGGGAAUUAGUACGACUUGGUGCUGACGUAAACAAGUUAACAACAUAUUUGUGGAACCCAUUAUCAUUAGCUGCUUGGAAUGACGAAGAACACUUGAAAGAAGCUGGAAUGAAUACAAAUAAGGGAGAAAGACGUAACGCAACUAUUGCUUCGUUAUUGAAGAAAGGCGCUGACAUCAAUCCAUGUAACAAGACUGGAGUCAGUCCUUUAUAUGUAGCUUGUCAAAGUGGACACUACAGCACAGUGCAGCUUUUGCUAAACAACAAUGCCGACAUUAAUUUCAAAAACAAGGAUGGGUUAAGUCCUCUUUCCGUAGCUUGUCAAUGUGGACAUAAUAGCACGGUACAACUGUUACUGAACAAGAGUGCUGCCAUCAAUUCAUGUAAUAAGGAAGGAUUAAGUCCUCUUUAUAUGGCUUGUCAAAAUGGCCAUGAUAGCACAGUACGACUAUUACUGAACAGCGGUGCUGAUGUCAGUUUAUAUGAUAGUGAUGGAAUCAGUCCUCUUUUCAUAGCUUGUCAAAAAGGACAUGCUAGCACGGUUCAAUUGUUACUUAACAACAGUGCCGAUAUCAAUUCAUGUAACGCUGAUGGAGUCAGCCCCCUCUGCGCAGCUUGUUAUAAUGGACAUGAUAGCGUGGUGCAGGUUUUACUGAGCCAUGGUGUCAACAUAAAUUUAAGCAGCAAAUACGGAGUCAGCCCCCUCUGUGCAGCUUGUUUUAAUGGACAAGAUAGCACGGUGCAGCUUUUACUGAACCACGGUGUCAACAUUAAUUUAUGCAACAACGAUGGAUUCAAUUCCCUCUUUGCAGCUUGUGAAUACGGACAAACUAGCACUGUGCGUCUUUUAUUGAACCACGGUGUUGAUAUCAAUUCAUAUAAUAAGAAUGGAGUCCGUCCUCUUCAUAUAGCUUGUCGAAAUGGAAAUAAUAGCACAGCACAGCUUUUACUGAGCCAUGGUGCCGACAUCAAUUUAUGUAGCAAUAAUGGAUUCAGCCCUCUUCAUAUCGCUUGUCAAAAUGGUCAUAGUAGCACGGUACAGCUGUUACUGGAAAACGGUGCAGACAUUAAUUCGUCUUCUAAUGAUGGAUUCAGUCCCCUUUUUAUAGCUUGUCAAAAUGGUCAUGAUAGUACGGCACAAUUGUUACUGGACAACGGUGCCGACAUCAAUUUAUGUGAUAAUGAUGGGGUUAGCCCCCUCUGUAUAGCUUGUCAUAAUGGACAUGAUAGCACGGUAAAUCUUCUACUGAAGAACGGUGCCGACAUCGGUCUUUGCCAUAAAAGUGGAUCUACUCCACUGUGGCUAGCUUGUCAAAACGGAUAUGAGAGCACGGUACAACUGCUACUGAAUGAAGGUGCAGACAUCAAUUCAUGUAAUAAUGAUGGAGUCGGUCCUCUUAAUAUUGCUUGUGAGAAAGGAUAUAAUAGCAUGGUACAACUGUUACUUAACAACGGUGCCAACAUCGAUUUUUGUAAUAAGAAUGGAGACAGUUCCCUUCUUACAGCUUGUUACAAUGGACACGAAAGCACGGUACAAAUCUUACUUAACAACGGUGCCGAUACCAACUUAGGAAACAACGACGGACUCGCUCCUCUUUACAUUGCAUGUCAAAAUGGACAUGAUAGCAUGGUGCAGCGUUUACUUAACAACGGUGUCAACAUCAAUUUUUGUAAUAAGAAUGGAGACAGUUCCCUUCUAACAGCUUGUUACAAUGGACAUACAAGCACAGUACAAAUCCUACUAAACAACGGUGCCGAUACCAAUUUAGGUAACAACAAUGGGCUCACUCCUCUUUACAUUGCAUGUCAAAAUGGACAUAAUAGCAUGGUGCAGCUUUUACUGAACAACGGUGCUAACGUCAAUUUAUGUGAAAAACAUGGAGCAAGUCCUCUUGAUAUAGCUUCUCAAAAUGGACAUAAUAGCACGUUACAACUGUUAGUGAACAAUGGUGCUGACAUCAACUCAUGUGAUAAUGAUGGAUUCAGUCCUCUUUUUAAAGCUUGUCAAAAAGGACAUAAUAGCACGGUACAACUUUUAUUGAAAAAUGGUGCCGACAUAAAUCUAAGUGACAAUGAUGGAAACACAGCCAUCUUUAUUCCUUGUCAAAGUGGACAUGAUAGCAAUGUACAAUUGUUAUUGAGCAAUGGUGCCGACAUCAAUUCAUGUAACAACGAUGGAGUCAGUCCCCUCUGCAUAGCUUGUGACAAUGGACAUGAUAGCACGGUACAAUUGUUGCUGAAUAAUGGUGCUGACAUAAAUUCAUGUGAUAAUCAUGGAUUUAGUCCUCUUUAUAUAGCUUGUCAGAAUGGACAUAAUACAAUUGUACAACUGUUAUUGAACAACGGUGCUGACAUCAAUUUUCGUAAUAACAAGGGAUUAAGUCCACUUUAUAUAGCUUGUAAAAAUAUGCACUAUAGCACGGUACAACUGUUAAUAAACAAUGGCGCCGACAUCAACUCCUAUAAAAACAAUGAAGUCGGACUUCUUUUUGCAGCUUGUCAUGAUGGACAUGAUAGGAUGGUGCAAUUUUUACUGAAUAAUGCUUGUCAAAAAGGACAUGACAGCACGGUACAACUGUUACUAACCAAUGGCGCCGACAUCAAUUUAUGCAACAAAGAUGGCGAAAGCCCUCUGUAUACAGCUUGCAAAAAAGGACAUGAUAGCACGGUACAACAGUUACUGAACAACGGCGCCGACAUCAAUUUGUGUAACAAGAAUGGAACAAGUCCUCUUUAUAUAGCUUGUCAAAAUGGACAUGAAAGCACGGUACAUCUUUUACUUGACAAUGGUGCCGAAAUCAAUUUAGCUGACAUCGAAGGGGACAGUCCCCUCCAUACGGGUUCUUAA